AUGUCAAAUAAAGAUGAUGAAUCAAUUGAAAUAUUAUAUUCAAAAUCAUGUCUUGAUUUAAAUAUGGAUAUGGAAACAAAUUGUUGUUUAAAUGAUUUAUGUUCAAAUGAUGGAAGUAUAAUCGAUAAAUUAUGUAUGAUGUAUUGUUGUUCAUCGAAUACGUGUCGAUCAAUAAUCGAACAACAUUUAAAAAAUGAUUUAUUUAAACGUCUUGAUAAAAAAAAAGAAAAUUUUUUAAAUGAAUUUAAUUAUUUGGAAACAAUUCGUGAUAUAAAUCGUCAAUAUGAUGAAAUUGUUUUAACAAAUUGUAUAAUUGAUGAAAGAAUUUUUUUAGGAAAUAAAUUUCAAUGA